GGGGGUCUCGUAGAAGUCGGCAGCUUUAGGACGUUUACUCUGGGGUGCUAGUUUGUUCGCCGAAGGUUGGACGGCUCCGCCCCGACGACCUGUGUGCGGGAUGUUGGGCUGUAAUGGAGUGCCGACUGUUGCUUCCGCACUCGAGACUGGUGGCGCCUCUUUUUCUGGCGUGUCCUGCGGCUUACUCCUCGUUUUAGUCGUCGGGGCCGCAGCUUCGGUCUUGGAUUCUUUAACCUUGGGUGCAGUUUCUGCUUUUUUGCUGGUCUUGGUGACGGGAUUGGAUGUUUUCGCAGGUUUUGAGCUGCCCUUUUUGACAACGCGAGCCGAAGGUUCGUCUUUUGGUUUGGGAGUGACUGCCUGUGCUGCCAUGGACCUAGUCAUCCUCCCGCUAGUUCCGGACGCAUGAGCAACCAUCUUUCUAGUUUCUCCUUCUGAUUCGGUUUCCCUUUGCUGAUUGGGUUUCGCAGUGGUAAGAUUUGCUGGCUUUAAUGUUGCUGAAUGACGGCCCGGUACAGAUUUCCUCGGUAUCC